CCCCGAGACUUGCCUGGCAAUGCCAUGUUUGUGUGUGUGCCCUGAGUCCCCGAGAGCAAUCAGGGAGACGGCUCCCCGGCCAGACUUGGCUGAUGUUUUCUUGUUUCUGUUUCAGCCUUCAGGAUAAAUCCCUCAGCAGCACCGCUGUAACAGAGUGUGACGAGGAUAUAGUUUCUCUACAUGAAGACCAGACCGAUUGCUCCAGUCUCAGAGAUGAAGACAAUAAAGAAAAUUAUCCCGACACUGGGGCUCUCCUAGAGGAGCCUGCACUGCCCUCUCGUGAGCCCCAGCAGCAUGCAGAGCAGACUUUGCUUGGGGAAGCGGUGCUGAGAUCCAGCAUGGGCAACUUCAAGUCCCGCAAGCCCAAGUCCAUCUUCAAAGCUGAGAAUGGGAGAAACCAUGGAGAGAAUCAGGAGACAGAGCAUGUGCUGCCCUGUCAGUCAGAGUGUCGGGGACGAGCUGGAGUGUCCACUCAGGAGAGUCCACAAAAUCACACCUUUGGAGGCCAAGAAGCAGUGCGGCUUCAACCAAGAAUAGACCAGAGGACUGCCAGUUGGCCCAAGGAUGCUUUUGAAACUCGGCAGGAUUUCGGUGAGGAAGAAGCUACUCAGGUACAUGCAGCCAAGGAACAGAUCCCAACGCCCACCCAGAGCUUGCCAGCUGAAGGAGCAGAUGCUGCAGACCCUGCUCCGAUCAAAGAUGGGCAGAGUGAAGCGGACAGUACACCAGAUGACCUCCAGUCUUUCGGGACCAGCAGGCUGCUCUAUCACAUCACCGAUGGUGACAACCCACUGCUAUCACCGCGAUGCUCCAUCUUCAGCCAAAGCCAGAGAUUCAACUUAGACCCUGAAUCAGCCCCUUCUCCACCCAGCACUCAGCAGUUUAUGAUGCCCCGAAGUUCUUCCCGAUCUAGCUGUGGGGAUGUCAAGGAGCCCCAGACCAUUACCCAGCUCACCAAACACAUCCAGAGCCUCAAGCGGAAAAUCCGGAAAUUCGAAGAAAAAUUUGAACAAGAAAAGAAAUACCGGCCUUCACAUGGAGACAAAACUUCUAAUCCCGAAGUUCUGAAAUGGAUGAAUGACUUGGCCAAGGGUCGUAAACAGCUCAAAGAACUAAAGCUAAAGCUGUCAGAACAACAUGGGAGUGCCCCCAAAGUUCCUUCUAGAAACCUGCCCUGUGAGCAAUCCACAGUCCCCAGAGAGAAUGGGAAGCCAGAUGCUAUGGGCCCUGAGCCAAGCUCCUCUGGAGAGGAGAUGCCAGAUGCUGUAUUGACAAGCCUGAAGGAUAAGGGAGAAAAGCUUCCUUCUCAGGAGGAAUCUAAGGUAACUAAGCAAGACAAAAACCUCAUAAGGCCUCUUUACGACAGAUGCAGAAUUAUCAAGCAAAUUUUGUCAACGCCCUCCCUUAUUCCAACAAUUCAGGAAGAAGAGGACUCUGAUGAGGAUUGUCUACAGGGAAGCCAACAAUCCCCUCUGCCAGAGCGAACAUCUCACUUCGCUGUUGGUGACCACCUCAUCAACUCUAAUGAGAAUGAACCUGCUAGGCUCUUGCUACCAGAUGAAAAGAAGGAAAUCAAGCAGCCAACCCUUUCUAUGUCCAAUUUACAUGAGGCCACCAUGCCUGUACUUCUUGACCAUCUCAGAGAAACUAGGGCCGACAAGAAGAGACUGCGGAAAGCCUUAAGAGAAUUUGAAGAACACUUUUUUAAACAAACAGGAAGAAGUCCACAAAAGGAAGACAGGAUACCGAUGGCAGAUGAGUACUAUGAAUACAAGCACAUAAAAGCCAAACUGAGACUCUUAGAGGUUCUCAUCAGCAAGCAAGAUGUGGCCAAAACUAUUUGAGAUUCAAGAAAUGUUUGUGAUCACCUUCACUGAAGAUAAACUCAAGUUUAUUUUCCUUUGCCAAACUUGCUAGGUAGUUGCAAUAUUUGCCAAUAUUGCUAGGUUUUAGUUGUAAUGUAUGGAAAAACUGAAGCACUUUAGUGGGAAUAUUAGUUGUUUUUGAGAAGGGAUAGCAAGUGUAAUUAUAAAUGAGGAGAGGGGAUUUAAAUGAGGGGGGUAAACCACAAAUAAAAUAAGGGGAGGGAAGUCAUUUCCCUCUAUGCCAAGGAGAAAAACCCAGUCAAUAUAGUUAUUUCAGGUCAUAUCCAAUACAAUAUUUUGUCAAAUCUAAGUAACAUGUAAUAUCCGCUUGUUUAAUAGAUCACUUGUUAAGGAAUUAUGGAAAUAACUUUUAGUGUCCAAAGAUGGCUUAUGUUGAUAUAUGGAAGAGAAUGUGAUUUAAAAAUCAGUAGAGGAAUCAAAGUCUAGUUUUAUGAAAGAAUAUAUCUAAUAAGAAAGUAGUUUGUUGGAAACUUCUAAUAGAGUUUUAAGUGGUUAAAAAAUAAACUACCUUGUCCUUUAAGCCUGCUUGGUUUUUAGUACCCUAAAACACUCUAGAGUAUAUCUGCUAAUUUUUUAUUUCUUCAUAAAAAUAGCAAUUAUUUUCUGUUAUCUGAAAACUUACAUUUCUGAUUACCAAAGUUCAUUAUGAUAGCAUGUACUUGGUGAAUUAUCUUUGUCUAUAACUGAGAGUUGUUUAUAUUAAAAUAAAAUUGUCUUAAAAUUUCAAAAUAGGUAUUUUGGAUAGAAAUGUCUGUAGUAAAUAAUCUAAUGUGAUCAUAGGUAUGACUGCUAAUCUUUUUGUUUACUAUAACUAAAAGUAUAACUAUUUUUUCAUUGGGAAAACACAUUUUUCUUAAUGUUCCAAGGUCUCUACUUUGCAAGGUCUAAAAGAUUUCUCAUGAGCUGUAGCUAUUCUUCGUUCUGUACAAAAUGAAAGAUUUGGAAAUUGUCAUGACAUCUUUGAGAAACUAAAAUAUUUUAUUCACUUCAUCAAAUUUAGUGUUAUAUUGUUUUAUUUGUACUAAAACACAUUUAUUAAUUUUACUUUUGUAAAAAUUAGUAAAAUAUCGACAUUUUUGCUUUUGUA